AUGAUCGUUACCUCUAUUCCACCAAAACAUUCUUCGGUCCUCGUGAUUGGUGGUGGUCCAGCAGGCGCGUACGCUGCUGCCGCCUUAGCUCGCGAGGGUAUUGACGUCACCCUUCUCGAGGCGUCCAAAUUUCCCCGCUACCACAUCGGGGAAAGCUUGAUACCUUCCAUUCGACACUACCUCAGAUUCAUUGGAGCCGAAGAAAAACUCGCUUCAAUGGGUUUCGUCCGCAAGCCCGGGUCUGCUAUAAAAUUCAACCAAUACAAGCGGGAAGGAUAUACCGAUUUUGUCGCUCUUGGUCACCAGAACAAUGCUUGGAACGUUGUUCGUUCUGAAUUCGACCUCAUGCUGCUGAAUCAUGCUCGGUCCUGUGGAGUAUCUGUCUAUGAGCAAACGCGCGUCGAAUCGGUCGAAUUCUCCGCCAUCGAGCCCGACCGCCCAGUAUCGGUAUCAUGGACGCACACUCCUCCACCUCGCCCACCGUCACCUCCAGCCUCGCCUAGACGAUCCCCCUUUUCCCGCUUUUGCUCGAGUUCCUCUGAAAGCCCUAGGCCUGACACUGAAGGACUUCAACGAAUCAAGGGGUCAACUAGCUUCACUCAUUUGAUUGACGCGACGGGACGGGCUGGGCUGCUAUCGACGCGAUACCUCAAAAAUAGGCAUUACAACGCGUCGCUGAAGAACAUCGCUGUCUGGGGGUAUUGGAGUGACGUUGACACAUAUGGUCGAAACACGGAUCGUGAAGGUGCACCUUGGUUUGAAGCUUUGACAGAUGAAUCGGGAUGGGCUUGGUUCAUUCCUUUGCACAAUGGAACUACCUCUGUCGGUGUGGUAAUGAACGAGAAACAAUACAGUGCUCGUACGAAACGGCCCUCAGAGCCAACAACUCUCAACUCGGACCCGACAGCCAAUGACGGUCCAGCCUCGUUGGAGUCCCGCUACCUAUCAAGUCUUUCGCUUGCUCCCGGGGUCGUGAACUUAAUCACACAAUCGGGAACCCUGCAAAAAGGAAGCGUCAAAAGCGCAAGUGAUUUCAGUUACUCGGCCAAUUCAUACGCAGGUCCUGGCUACCGGAUAAUUGGCGAUGCUGGGGCUUUUAUCGACCCCUUUUUCUCGAGUGGGGUCCAUUUAGCCAUGACCUCUGCCUUGUCUGCGGCUGCUACGAUCUGCGCCUCGCUUCGAUGUCAUUGCACGGAAACCGAAGCGGCGCUAUGGCAUACGCGGCGCGUAAGCACCAGUUACACUCGCUUCCAGAUAGUGGUGCUGAGUGCCUACAAGCAGAUUCGCUCGCAAUCAGAGGGUAUUCUGUCUGACAUCGACGAGGAUAACUACGAUCGAGCAUUCGCGCUUCUUCGUCCCGGUACGAAUGACUCUCGUGUGCGCCCCAAGCCUGUGUGUACUGACAAGGCUCAUUCAGUUAUCCAGGGCGCAUCAGAUAUGGGUGCUCGGCUGUCAGAGUCUGAACUUCAAAAAUCCCUCGACUUUUGCGUCAACCUCUUCAACCCAACGUCCCCUGAACAGCAUCGACAGAUCGCUGAGAAGGCUGAGCUGGAGCACACCCUGCUGGACGUUUCGAAACCUCUCGUGCAUCCCGCCGUUCUAGAACACGCAAUCAAGUCAACUCAGCGGCGCCAUAACGCCAAGGUCGUCACCACUACCAUUGCUACGAUUGACUCGGACCUUCCAAAUGAUUCUGGAGAAGAAGAGGACUCUGAUACGGAGAGAACGGCCGAGACGAAGAUGGUUCUCAACAAAAUCAACGCACGUCGCGUUUUACACUCGGAAUACUACAUCAACAAUCUCGAAGUGGAACCGCUCGAAGGGUCUGUUGUCAUCUUGGAACGGGGGAAGCUUGGACUUAAAAAGACUACGCAUUAG